AUGGGGCCCGCUGCUGCACAGGCCGAGGCCCCUACUCUUGGGGGAGACGCAGCAGCAGCAGCAGCAGAUUCCGCAGCAGCAGCUGAGGGGCUGGUCUAUGAAGAUGGCCCUUUGGAGGAGAUUGACAGGUGGCUUGCUGCGCUGCAUGCAGCCCCGGGGCAGCUGCUGCGCCAGGAGGCAGCAGCAACAAACCAAGGCAGGGCUCUUGCCCUCUGUGUCUCUCGGCUGCGGCAUCUUGCUGCUGCAGCAGCAGCAGCAAACGCAGCAGCAGCCCCACCCGCCCGCGGCGCCGCCCGCGCUCGAGUUGCUGCAGAGCAGCAAGAGGCUUAUCUGCAGCAGCUGCGAGACCUUGAGAAGUCCGCUCUAGGGCCCCCACACGCAGCACUCACACAGCAGCAGCAGCAGCAGCAGCAGCAGCAGCUAAACCUGGAGCAGGUGUGGGAGCUCUUGGAAUGCGAAGCUGCUCCUUGGAUUAAAAAGGCCCGCAAAAGACUUCAAAGACUUCGAAAGCAUUGGGGGCCCCUGUCUGGGGGUGGGGGCCCCCCUGGGGGCCCCUCAGAUGGGGGGGGGCCCCCUAAGAAGAGGCGGCGGCGGGGGGCUGCAGCGCAGCAGCAGCAGCAGCAGCAGCAGCAGCAGCUGGCGAAGCUGCUGCUGAGCGCCGAGGCCCUUGCGGAGCUGCAGCUGGAUGAAGAAGAAGAAAAAGAAAAGGAAAUGGAGACAGAAGAAGAGACAGAAGGGGAGGGAAGCAGCAGCGAGGGCGAGGCUGAGGAGGAAGCAGCAGCAGCAGCAGCAGCAGAAGCAGCAGCAGCAGCAGAUAGUGGCGACGGGGAAGAGGAAGACGAGGAGGACGAAGACGCAGAAGACGAAGAGGACGAAGAGGCAGCAAGCUCUAAGGAGGAUGCAGCAGCAGCAGCAGCAGCAGCAGAAUCAGCAGCAGCAGCAGGAGCAGCAAGUGAUGAGGACGGCGGCUCGGAUGCAGCAGACGAUCUCCUGGACGAACUCGAAAGGGAGAAAGAAGAAGAGAAGGAAGAGGAGCAGCAGCAAGAGCAGCAGCAGCAGCAGCAGCAGCAGCAGCAGAAGAGCCGCAAAAAGAAGCAGCAGCUCGAUGAUGAGUUUUUCUCUCUUGAAGAGAUGCACCGUUUUGUAGAGGAAGCUGAGCAGCAGGAGCGGCGGCAGCAGCAGAAGCAGCAGAAGCAGCAGCAGCAGCAAGACAGCGAAGAAGAAAGCGAAGAAGACGAGGAGGCAGCAGCAGCAGAUUUGCUGCUGUACGAAGGAGUUGACACAGCAGCAGCAGCAGACGCUGAGCCCUUAAGCUACAGCGCCUUCUACGGGAAGCCGAAGCAGCAGCAGCGGCAGAAGCAGCAGAAGCGGCGCCGCGGCAGCAGCAGCAGCAAGGCCAGCAGCAGCAGCAGCAGCAGCAGCAGCAGCAGCGAGGAGGAAAGCGAGGAAGAGGGCAAGGGGUUUGAGUCUCAGGGGCCCCUCGAUGCAGAAGACAAAAGACUUGAGCGGGAGUUGGAUCGGCUGCAGCUGCUGCUGGAGGCUGAGGAGAAGGAGCAGCAGCAAAAGAAGAAUGAACGCAAGCAGCAGCAGCAGCAGCAGAAGCUGCUGCUGCAGCAGCAGCAGCAGCAGGAGAGCAGCAGCAGCGAGGACGAGAGCACCGCCGCAGCUGCCGCCGUGAGCGCCCCCGCGGGCCGCAAGGAGCGCGCCGGCGCGGGAAAAUCAGCAGCAGCAGCAGCAGCAGCAGCAGAAGACAACUCUUUGGCAGCUCUUGCUGCUCGCAUUGAGGCCCUCGAAGAAGAACUCGUGGCCCCCAAAAGCUGGGAAUACACCGGAGAAGUGUGGGGUCGGCAGCGGGAGAAAGAUGGGCUGCUGCAGCUGGAGGGGCUGACAGUGCCUUUCCCCACGCAGCUGCAGCAGCAGCAGCAGCAGCUGCUGCUGCAGCAGCAGGACCUGCGGCUGGGCGCGGACGACGGCGAUGAGGAGGCCGCAGCAGCAGCAGGGGGCUCCCGUGCUGCAGCAGCAGCAGCAAUUAGCACAAUGAUAGAACGCAUUGUCAAGGGCCGCAUAGAAGCUUUUCUUUUUGACGAUGUUGUGAGAAAAGCCCCGCCUGCUGCUGCUGCAGCGGGAGGCAGCAACAAGGCCGGCGCAGCAGCAGCAGCAGCAGCAGAAGAGGAGCUGAACAUGGAGAAGCCCGCAGAAGGCCUGGGGGACAUUUAUGCGCAGCAGUACCGCGAGAAGGUGCUGGGGGCCCCCUCGCAGCAGCAGCAGCAGCUGGACCAGGAGAAACAGCAGCUGCUGCAGCUCUUUUCGCAAAUUAUGUACAAGUGCGACGCCUUGACAAACUACCAGUUCGUGCCGCGGCCAGCAGCAGCAGCAGCAGCAGCAGCAGGAAAGGACGCGCCCGCGUCGGUGCGGGUGGAGGAGGCGAUCCCGGUCUACGUGCCUGCUGCCAGCAGCAGCAGCAGCAGCAGCAAGGCCGCGCUGCCGUUCACGCCGAAGACUGCAGCAGAAGCCACGCGGGAAGAACGAAGAGCAGCAAGGCGCAGCAAAAAGGCGAAGCGGCAGCAGCAGCUGCGGCGGCGGAUCGACGCGGGGGAACUCACGCUGCAGCAGGCGCAGCAGCGGCAGCAGCUGCUGCAGCAAAAAAACAAAGCAGCAAAAGAAGAAAAGAAACACAAAAGACUUACUGGCCUCACUCACGCGGAGGCCCUCAAGGAGCUUCGCCAGGGGCAGAAGAGAGUCAAGACAAUUCACCUGCUUGCGGACGCGGCCAGGGCCAAGAGGCAGGCUGCGAAGAGCAGCAGCAGCAGCAGCAGCAGCAGCAGCAAGAAGGCCUGA